AUGAGAUUCCUCAUUCUCCUCCUCACAAUCUUCUACACCGUCACUUCAAAAAACAUCAGUUCAGCAGAUUUCAAACGACUGGAUCAAUUCGAAAAUCUAAUCUACAAAACAUGUCCAUACAAAUCAACAAUUAAUUGCCUCAAGCCAAUUCUACACAAAGAUUUCGGAUUCGGGUUGGGCAAAGAUGGCCUACUUUCACGAGGUAAACACAAAACAUUGAAAAAAAAAGUUUUAAAAAAAAAUUUAAGGUAGAUUUCUCACAUAUCACGCUAACAAAACAUUCCGUGCGCUGGUAAUUGAUAGAACAUCGUUGGAGCACAAUACUUACGACGGUAGUUUAUUUGCUUCCACUCAAGAAUCUUCUCCUGUUCAUGGGCAUUAUGAAAUCAAACCGGAAGUUCCAAACGGAAAAGAUUUACUUGUUAAACUGGCAAUUUAUGCGCGUACAGAAUUUUAA